AUGGUUUUUGAGACGGACGCUGUAGCGUAUUACACUCUUCAUAUCAUAUCACUGCCAUUAUCCCUGACCCUUUUCGUACUUUAUAAAAAUCAUAAACAUUAUUCAACGGUCGCAUAUUUUGCACUGACACUUUUCUUAUCUUCAAUAAAUUCAUGUUAUUUAGCUUUUGCGAAAAAUGGGAAUCUUGAGGAUACAGCAAACACGUUUGCUUGUGCCUUUCAAGCCUUCUUUUUAACAUAUUUAAAUACUUCGAUAGCUUUAUGGCUUGUUUGUAUUGAAUAUAAAAUGACUUUAAUUUUUACAAGAAAUAGGGGGAGGAUGAGGCAAAGGCUCCAACAAAGUGAAAUCUUGGGAAAACAUGAAUUGUUGAGCUUCAUGGCAUUAUCUUGGGGAUUACCUCUAUUCUUUACCAUUACCGCUACUGUAUUAGCAAUUAGUAAAAAUGGAUUGGAACCUUGGCUAUAUUAUUGUAUGAUUUCUAACCCUGCGAUUGGUCCUGCCAUUGGAAUUUAUUUUGUGUCAAUGUGCUCUAUUAUAAUCACAACAAUUCUUAUAGCAUGGAAUAUCAAAUUAAUUUAUGAACGUGAAUCCAAUGAUGUUGAGGAGAUCGAUAUCGAUUUGUCUAGGCGGGUUAUUGCUUUUGGAAUCAUAACGUCAUUGCCCAUUUGCCUUUCCACGUUUGCACGGUUGCUUAUGACACUAAUGUUGAAUUGGGUUGACAAUACGGGAAUGUGGCCUGAUUUUUUACUCGUUACGAUCCCAUAUUUUACAUUUAUGAUAUAUGGUACAACACCAAAAAUAUUUAGAAAAUUUUCUCAUGAAUCUCCAUGUCGGCAAAAAAAUCGUAGCGAUAAUUUAUUAGUAAAUUUCGCAAUUAUAAAUCCGACAUUAAGAAGAGAUUCAAUAGAAGGAAGGCAACGACAUCUCUCGUUAUCUUCAUCAUUAACGAAACCUUCAUCAGAAGAGUCAAUAGCACGUUCUUCAGCACCUGGCCCAUCAACAUUCAGUCAAAGAACAAAUCCGAAUGCACCUGACCCGUUUUCACAUAGAAAGAACCCUUCAUUAACAAUCAAUGUACCCGGACAACAACGUGUUCGUAAACGAUCUUCUUCUUCAAUACGUAAAUCCUUUUUAGCUCGUGCUCUAUCUAUAAAUAAAAAUUCCGAAGAUUCUAAUAGGUUGAGUUUAACAAAUGUUGUGGAAAGUGGUCAAGUCUACUCUAGGAAUUUACGAAAAGCCAUGAAAUCCUUAAAGAAACCUUCUUCUCGUCGAAAUGUGACACCGCCUGCUACCCGUCAUACGAUUGCUCAACUUGGAAGGAGUAAUAGAAAUUCCAAUAAUAAUAAUAAUAGGAAUUCAGAGAAAUUUUUAAAGAAAUUUUCUUUCGAACAUCGAAGCAAAACUGAAUCCGUCAUACAGAUUCCACAAGAAUUCAUAUUUGAUGAAAGAAAAAAUUAUAUUCUGGAUGAAUUUAAAGCGAAUUCUAUUCAAAAAUCAUCUCCCUCACGAAUUCAAGCAAAGAGGAAUACAAAAUCCACUUUUAGUUCGAAAUCUAAUAAAUCUACGGAAUCAUCAAGCUCUUCUCAAGAUGAAGGGUUAAGACUUACACCAAGAAAUAGUAUACCUGUACGUAUACUAAAUAGAAGAUCUUUAAUUAAUGCUUUACCUAGCUCUUCAACAUCCACUAUUAAUGAAGAGAAUUAG